CAAUGAUAAACAGAUGAGUGAAUCGGAUUCUGAUCAAGUUGAACAAUUGAAGGCAUAUAUCAGGGAGCUACUGAAAGAGAAAGAAUUGCUGGAGGAGCAGCUGAGAAAUGCUGCCAAUGAUAAACAGAUGAGUGAAUCAGAUUCUGAUGAAGUUGAACAGCUGAGGGCAUUCAUCACUAAACUUUUGAAAGAAAGAGAGUUGUCGGAGGAGCAGUUAAAAGAAGGCAGUCAUUCAAUGCAGGAGGAGGACCUUGCCAAACUCCAGCAGCUGGAAGAAGAAUUUGCAGAACUCCUGAAAGAAAAAGAUGCCCUUGAGGCCCAGGUUAGCCGAGAUGCUGAUAAAUACCUUCAAAUGGAACAAGACCUGGAAAAGACUCUACGG